AUGCUAUUUCGAAUGCUUUUAGCUGAAGCAAUUGGGACAUUUGUCCUAACAUUCACAGUAGGUGUGAGUACAAGUGAGCCUUUUACAGUCGGCGGUGCUCUUUGGGCAGCAAUGGUUGCAACUGCAUUUGUAUCAGGUGCUCAUUUUAAUCCAGCUAUCACCCUUUCAAUCAUCACAAGAAAAUACAUCAACAAUACUCUCAGCCAGCCAGAAUUGGUAAAAUUCCUCCUCUACAUGGUUGUUCAAUAUUUCUCUGCUUUUAUCGCGUCUCUAUGCGCUUGGGGUAUAGUUCGAUAUCCUGUCUACUUUGAUAUUUCUUCAGAUUAUGAUGGAUCUCAAGGUUUCUUUGCUGAAUUAAUUUACACUACAAUUCUUUGUGCGAAUGUCUUGAUGAUUGGCUCGGUAAACGAUGCAAUUGUUGUAUCUGGAGGUAUCAUUGCCCUUACAUUGACUACUGGAAAUUGGGCAAUUGGAAGAAUCACUGGCGGCUGUUUUAAUCCUGCUGUUGGGCUUGGAAUUAAUUUGGCUUAUUUAUUACAGCAUGAUGAUCAUUUCGGGAUCACUUGGCUUUAUAUUAUCGCACCUUACUUAGGUGGCAUUGUAGGAGGAGUUUUUGCAUCGAUAUUUUUGAAUGAAGUUGCCGUUCAGCAAAAGAGUGUGAUUGAUAAGAGUCAAAUAGAAUAA